CCAACCUCCGCUUUCUCCAAUUCCUCCGCGAUUUUUCGAGCCAAGCUUCCACCCACCCACUUGCUUCGGUCGCUACUUCUCACCCCCGCUCCCAUAGCGUCCUUCAUGUCGAGGCCAUCCGCUGCGCUGCAGCAAUGGCUUCACUUCCGCCAAAGCCUCUCCCACACAUCCCUCAUGCUCAAUUUGCGCACGAGCAACCCUCUCGCGCCAGCAACCCGGCUCGCCCUCACCACCGCUCGCAAUGGCAUUAACAACUCGAGACGACCAUUCCAUACCACGCAGUACCGCCCUUCCAAGGCCCGUCGUGAAUCUGCAAGACCAGCGCCCGCCUUACGGAGGAAGAAGGAAGACUCUGAAGCUGGCAAAGAUGCCAUCCGCGCGACCGAAGAUGGUUUCGGCCUACUAAAUACAAAGGGCUUCUAUAUGGAUCCUCUCUCUGUGAAAAUUGACAAACUCGUCCCACAUUUUCUGCUCGUGUCACGAUCUAUCUAUGACGAAGCAAGUCGCGAUGGCCUUCUACCCGGUAUCAGUUUCCGUACAUUCGAAGAUACUGCUAUCAAGCUCUUCAAGAGCGUGCGCGGGACACCGAACCCACAUAUCAUUCGGUCGAUCUCGACGGACGUUGAUGCCGUCUUUCGCAUUGGCUUCCCUGCCUCUAGUAGUUAUGGCGCAGUUAGAGAAUGGAUCAUCUCCGCGUGUGCGCUGGCAGGGGCACGCCAGCCAAUUGUCCUCUCUCUGGCCAGAUCGAUUACAUGGACGAAGACCACCGUACGCACCAAAUGGACGGACCUGGUCGAGCAAUUCUCGGACGAAGGGUUUCCACCUGCGAUGGUCCUCCAUGCCAAGAUACUCGCUAUGCGCGGGGAGUAUGAGAAAGCCUUUGAGCUGAUGGAAAAGCGAGUCCUACCAUUCCUCAGUCCAACACGUCGAAAGCCUAGCCUCUUUAACGAUAUCACCAUGGGCGAUCUCUUUGAGUCCCCGUGGCGGGUAUACGCGUUGCUUCAUGCAUCGUACGACGCCCAUUUCGAUUCCCCGGAGAGUCGGCAGAAAUCAGAUGAUGCAACCCGCAUCGCAGCGCUCGAGUAUAAUGACCCGCAGGCCUUGAUUGAGUAUGCCUCGCUCAAGAUGAAUGAGAAGGACUACGAGAAAUAUGAAGAAUGCAUGUGCCAAGCCGCCACGACCUGUGAGCCGAAUGCUAUCUUGUACCUUGCCAACUAUUACUACCACACCUUCCAUGGCAGAUACCCCACGGCCGGGGAGAGAGCCGCGCUCGCCAAAGCCAAAGCCCAGGGCCAGCCAGCUCCUACUAUUCCAACGCCUUCUUCUACUUCCGAGACGAAAGCAAAUCCCACCAUUUUCACGACCGCGUUGAACUGGGUCUCGUCGUUCUUUAAUCAAUCCAUGCCCCGCGAGGACUACCGCAAACUAGCGAUGGACUGGUACGCCUUGGGCUUCCACUCUGGUAUUCCACAAGCAGCGUUCAUGUUAGCCCUGAUGGCUCGUGAACAAGGAGACGAACUUGAUGGGAGUGUCUUCAUGGACCGUGCCAGUGAGGACUUGGAAAAGGAUCCCGAGUUUGCGAAGAAGAUUCAGGAGUUGAGGGAUAAUUGGUACGACCCCGAGUACGUGCCUAGAUUAUCGAGUAAGAUGUUGGCCGUUCGGUAGAGGAGGAUCCGGUGAGAUGUAUGAAUAUCCUGUAUAGUCGUCAUUGUAAUUUAUAUUCUGUGCACAAAAUCAAUGGAAUCUCCUCCAGGAAGGGAAAGUCCGGGGUUAGGUCUAGACGUCAUAGUUCUAUUUGGCGUGUCCUAAAGUGUGUGACUUUCCGUGAGUUCAAUUGCUG